CUGUUUCUGAAGUGUGAAAUGACGUUUGAACACAGGAAGUGUUUGGUUUAGACACACAUCACUGUUAAAACAGAUCAUUAAUGUGACAGUAUGGAGUCCAGUGUGCUGCCUCUUAUACUCUUGCUGAUGUCUAACAGCUACUCUGAACAUACUUCAGGUUCUGUUGUGAAGGCAGAUUCAGAGACAGGAGGAUCUAAUUCACAAGAGAUUCCUAAACCUGUUCUGACUGUAAAUCCUAAAACAUCACCGAUAUUCAGAGGAGAGACUGUCACUCUCACAUGUGACGUACAGAUGACAGAAGUGACAGACUGGACAUACGGAUGGCGGUGUGAUGGUGCUGAUGUUCCCUAUAAAGAGAGAGAGUACAUGAUUACUGUACAAAACAACAAGACCUGCAUGUGUAGCAGAACAUCUCAGCAGAACAGCUCUCACUGGAGUAAUGAAGUGACUCUCACUGUGAUUGAGAUUCCUAAACCUGUUCUGACUGUAAAUCCUAAAACAUCACAGAUAUUCAGAGGAGAGACUGUCACUCUCACAUGUGACGUACAGGGGACAGAAGUGACAGACUGGACAUACGGAUGGCGGUGUGAUGGUGUUUAUGUUCAACACUCUUAUGAGAAAGAGUUCAAGAUUACUGCAACAUACAGCAGAUACAGCCAUAAAUGCAAGUGUUACGCUAUCAGCACAUCUAGACAAUUCACCUCUUCCUGGAGUAAUGAAGUGUCAUUUACUGUCAUCGAUAGAAAACCUGUUCUGACUGUAAAUCCUAAAACAUCACAGAUAUUCAGAGGAGAGACUGUCACUCUCACAUGUGACGUACAGAUGACAAAAGUGACAGACUGGACAUACGGAUGGUUUUGUGAUGGUGCUGAUGUUCAACACUUUUAUGAGAAAGAGAUCAAGAUUACUGCAACAUACAGCAGUUACAGCCAUAAAUGCAAGUGUUACGCUAGAAGAACAUCUACACUAAUCAGCUCUUCCUGGAGUAAUGAAGUGUCAUUUACUGUCAUCGCGAGACCAAAACUUGUAGUGACUGUAAAUCCAGAUCAUCAUGUGUUCAGAGGAGAGACAGUCACUCUCACAUGUGACAUACAGAGAGAAACACACACUGAGUGGAGAUACAGCUGGUUUAAAGAUGGUUUAGUCAAUCCAGUCAGCACUGAGAGAGUGUACAGAAUCACAUCUGACAAAUCUCACAGUGGUAAAUACAGCUGUAGAGGAGAGAGGAAACAAGACUCACAGAGAUCAGACAUCAGUGAUGCUGUUACACUGACUGUAUCAGACUCAAAGCUCAAUCCUGAACUCACAUCAGAUACUGCAGGAGCUGCACUGACAGGAAACACGGUGACUCUGAUCUGUCACAUGACUCAGACUGCUGGAUGGGACUUUUACUGGUACAAACACACACAGAACUCUGAGAAAAAGAAGACAGAAACAAACUCCUACAGAGUCCAUAUUGAUUCAGUGUCUGAUGGAGGUCAGUACUGGUGUAGAGCUGGAAGAGGAGAACCAGUUUACUACACAAACUACAGUGAUGCACUGUGGGUCAAUGUCACAGCUCAACGUCCCUCAGUGUCUCUGAUCAUCAGUCCCAGCAGAAGACAACACUUCUCAUCUCACUCUCUCUCUCUGAGUUGUGAGGGUCAAAGUCACUCUAUAUGGACAGUGAGAAGAUACACAGACAGUGAGAGAAUGAAAGAUUGUUCAUCUACAGGAUCUACAUGUAAAAUCAGCUCCCUUAAAACAUCUGACACUGGAGUAUACUGGUGUCAGUCUCAAUCUGGAGAAAACAGUCAACAUAUCAACAUCACAGUACACGAUGGUGAUGUGAUUCUGGAGAGUCCAGUUUAUCCUGUGAUUGAGCGAGAUACUCUGACUCUACGCUGUUUACAUCGAUCUACAAACUCCUCAAUCCUCACAGCUAAUUUCUAUAAAGAUAGAUCACUCCUCCAGAAACAGACGACAGGAGAGAUGAGCAUCCCUACUGUCUCAAAGUCACAUGAGGGUUUCUACUCCUGUAAACACGGAGAGAGAGGACAGUCACCCGAGAGCUGGAUCUCAGUCACAGUCUCAGACGGUUCAUCUACUCGUCUGGUGAUUUGGGUGGUUGCGAGUGUCGCCUUGUUACUCAUCAUCUCACUGAUCCUGCUGUGGAGAUACAAAAACAACAAAGAUCAGCAGUGUAUCAACCAACAGACAUCAGUUCAGAAUCAGAGGACACGACCUGGAGAAUCCCAGACAGAAAACUGUCCUCUACAGUCUGCAGGUUAUUAUCACAUUUAUGAUGAUCUGGAUACAAAAUAUAAGAAGAGCACAGGAGCAUCAACAGAUGAGGUCACAUAUUCAGACGUCACUAUUAAAAACAAGAUAUCUGUGGAUAAAGAUGAUACCAUGCCCGUGGCAAAUAAUGUGACAUAUUCAGAAGUCAGAACAAAAGUGAAGAAAUUCAAAAGUAAAGACGUUGAGACUUCAGGACCCGCCGAUUUGACUUACGCCCAGAUCAAUAUACACAACACAAAGAAAGCCAAGGGCAAAGAUGCUGGAAAAAGAGAUGUUUUAACUGAAAUGAAAACUAAGAACAAUCAAAGAGGGAAAAGCAGUGAGUGUGGAAACACUGUUUACUCUGAUCUGAAGCAGAACACAGACAGAGGUGACAGUGCUGGAGUCGAUGCAACUUAUGCUCAAGUUUUUAAUCACCAAAAGAAAAAAACCCGGAAGAAUUGAUCAAGUUCAACGAUUUUAAAAUGCACACAUUUACAUGUAGAAGAAACACUGAAAUCAAUCAAUGAUCAGCUC